AUGGCCAAAGCUGAAUAUUUCUUCUGGACUACUCCUGACAAUAUGACGUGGGAUGACUUUGAGAAAAAAUUUGGAAAUAUCAGCGGGACGCCACCCACUGGAGAUUAUUUCAGCCCUUGUAAGAGGGUUCCAAUAACCAACAGGCAGGCUCUAGUUGUCUUUUAUGCGCUGGUGUCCCUGUUGAGCUUGCUGGGAAACUUGCUGGUGAUGCUAGUCAUCGGGUACAGGCGAAGGAGCUGCUCUGUUACCGACGUCUACGUGCUGAACCUCGCCAUGGCCGACCUUCUCUUCUCGUUGACCCUGCCCUUCUGGGCUGUCUCCAAAUGGAAAGGCUGGAUUUUUGGCACUCCUCUGUGCAAGAUGGUCUCACUCGUGAAGGAAGUCAACUUCUUCAGUGGUAUCCUGCUACUGGCCUGCAUCAGUGUGGACCGAUACCUGGCCAUCGUCCAUGCGACACGCGCACUGACCCGAAGGCGCCACUUGGUUAAGUUCCUAUGUCUGGGCAUCUGGGGUCUAUCUUUGAUUCUGUCCCUGCCCUUUGCCAUUUUCCGCCAGGCAUAUACACCCUACAGUUCUGCAACAAUCUGCUACGAGGUCCUGGGUGAAGCCACUACAAAUUUUCGGGUAAUGUUGCGUGGCCUGUCCCACACGUUCGGCUUCCUCCUGCCACUGCUGGUCAUGGUGUUCUGCUACGGGUUCACACUGCGCAUGCUCUUUAAGGCCCGCACGGGGCGGAAGCAUCGGGCGAUGUGGGUCAUCUUCCUUGUUGUGUUUGUCUUCCUGCUCUGCUGGCUGCCCUACAACCUGGUCCUGCUCUCAGACACUCUCUUAGGCACCGGCUGGAUUGAGGACACGUGCGAGCGCCGCAGUGACAUUGACCAGGCCCUGUCUGUCACCGAGAUCCUGGCCCUUUCUCACAGCUGCCUUAACCCCGUCAUCUAUGCCUUCGUUGGCCAAAAUUUUCGCCACGAGUUCCUCAAGAUCCUUGCUAACUGUGGCCUGCUUCGCAAGGAGUUUUUGACACAUCGUCACGCUGCCUUUCACACAUCUCUCACUGUCUGUUAA